AUGAGGAGUGGCAGUUCAGAAUUAUUACUCGAGCAGCAACAACAAGAGUUACGGUUACGUAAAAAACGAGAACUGGCUCCAAAAAAGAAAAAUGGCAACCGGCGUUUUCGUUCGUGGCGCGAACGUGCACGCUUCUAUGGCACGUCAACGCUUGCCUUCUUCUCGGUGACGGCGGGCGCCUCGCUCCUAUUUCUGGUGCCGCUCUAUGUCGAUCCGGCGAUAUCGACGCUAAGUCACGAUUUCAUCGACAGUCCGACACUGUGCACAACCACUCGGCGUGAGGAUCUAAUCGGUAUAUUUAAUUGUUCGUGGAGUUCGUGUCGCGAAGGUUGCACCUCUGAUCUAUAUCGUUGUGUACAUAUUUAUGUGACGUUUAUCGAGCAAAAUAUAACGAUACCGGAGAAUAUGACCGAUUACACUAACUUCACCGCGGAGUGGGAGCAGUCUGAGGAGGCCACACUGCUAGUGAAUAUAAAGGGGUGUGGUUAUCCGCCGACGGUCACAUGUAAAAAGUUCAAUGCAUACUAUGGUGUCGAAGGUGCGAUAUUCCCCUGCUAUUAUUCGCGCAAAAAUAAAACGGUCGUGCUGACGUCGUACAAUCACGACAAUCAGGUAGCGAUGAUCAUACACUUCUUUACGGUGCCAUUUGUGAUAACAGUGAUCUCGUCAAUCGCGCUCUGCAUUAUGCAUUGUGAUUGUAGGUGUAAAAAGGAUCGCAGCCAUCGAAGGAAUCGGCCGCAAGGUCGGCGACCGCGCAUCGAAAACCUUAGUGAUACAUCGAUAUCAACGCGCGUGGACAUGCUGACGCCGGCCAUCGAAGUGUACAAGCCGCCGCUCUGACAUAAGGAUGACACGGUGGAGAGCAAUUUGGGUUAUCCAUCGACGAGUAGCGAUUUCUAGCAUAGGCUUAUCACGACAGCGGAGAUCACCGCUACAUCAGCUACGGAUAAUCUAUUUGCGCUUCCAUCAUAGUGUCAAUCAAAGUCAACCAGUAACAAAAAAUACUAACUACAACAACAAUAACAACAAGCAUAUUACUUACUACCAGAACAACCUGAAAAUCCCAAAAAAAAACACAUUUGUAUGCAAACAACAGUUGCGAACACUACACACAUACACACACAAACAAUAACUGCAACAACAAAAACUGAAUCAAAAACGAAAUUAGAAAAAAAAACACAUGCGUUGGUAUGUAUGUAGGCUUGCGGUUGUUUGUGUGGGUGACACCAGAACGCAGUAAAUUUGGGGAUUUGAUGAAGCGUGCGGCGAAUUAUAUAAUCUGCGGCAGUUAAGCUGGUCAUAGCGCCCGAGAAUGCAACGCCAGAAGCGCGUAUACCAUACAUACAUACAAGUAUCGCAUGAUGAUCGAUCCAACUGAAUAAUUCCUAAGAUUGAUUACAUUUAGUUACUUAAGUAGUAAUAAAGAGAAAAGAUUUUUAUGCUGAAAUUAGAGAGGAAAACCAUUAUGCAUGUGUGGCUGUUAAGAAAUAUAUAUACAGACACACACAUAUAAAUGUAUCAGUGUUAGUCAGCAUACAUGCAUCGGGAGUGUGCUGAAAAUUAGCAGCGCUGAUAUGCAAAUACCUACAGACCUAAGAUGUUAUAAACAAAUUGUUAUUUUCAUACGAUGAUUAUGGAAAUUAAGUUCAUUACAGUAAAAUAAAAGCAACAAAAAAAACAAAAACAAAAUAUUUGAUAAAUACAUAUAGUGUUAUAUAAUUAUGAAGGUAUUUAAUAAUAUGUAUGUAUAUACAUAUAUGCAUUGCAUAUGUACGUAUGUACAAUAUUUUAUGUGACAAAAAAUUGCAUAAUUAAGUGCAAAUGAGAUGAAGUUGAACUAGCUUUAGAGAACAAAAAAAAACACAAAUUAAUUAUAACUAAACUUAGCUUAGUUACAAAACAAUUGAGAAUUAAUUUUUGCAAGGACUAAUUUUUGUACUGCUGAAUAAAAGUACUUAGUGAAUAAAUUUGAAUUAAGACGAAAUUAGCUACUUAAGCAUAACGGUAUACAGCUAAUUAAACACCACACAACUAUGCAACGUGAAUGUGCACAUAAACAGUUACAUAUAACGGAAUGCAUAGCAAUGGUGUAGCUGUAAAAAUUAUAUAGAAAUUAUAUACAUACAUACAUAUGUAAGAAAACGCAAUUUUAUAAUAGUUACAAUAAAAACAAACAGAAAACUAGGAGCGAACCCAAUAAGUUAAGGCAUGUGAAAUUAACGUAGAACUUAACGAAUGCAAGUAAUAACAAAAACAAAAACAAGAAAAAAAAAACAAAUAAAAUACAACAAAAAGUAAAACAACUAAGAGUUUAGCAAAGAAUUAUUAAGUAUGCAUAUAUAUACUUACAUGUAAACACACGCACACAAACUGCUGUAUAAAGCACCGUCGAAUUACAUAAUAGAUAUGAUAAAGAUGUUAACCGAAAAACCCGAAAGCGUUACAAGGCAGCUUUCCAACAACCCACCCCCCCCGAAAUGUUACUUACGUGCAUAAAGAAGCAUACAUAUGUAGUUAUAAUGAUGAUAAUAAUAAUAUGGAUAACAAUAAAUAAUAUUUAAUGCAUAAAAUACCACAGUGUAAAGCAUACAAACUAAACUAGUGCGAACAUUGCAUACUUUGUGGCGUUAGUUUGCACAUUGUUGCUUGCACACAGCCUGAACAAAGCAUGCGAAAUGCAGCGCUGCAGCCGAAUGCAGUUAGACAACGGAAACGCUUCGUCAUUGCCAGACCAUAGAAAUGCCGCUACAAAUGCAAAUUUUGCCAAAAAACACACAUACAAAAACAACAAGAAUAAUUCGUAGCCGAAAUUACAAAACAAAGAGAAACAAAAAUAAAUAAAAAUCAGCAGCGUGCAGCAAUUAUCACACAUGCCUACGCACCUACACUAAUACACAUAAUUACACAAACAUAUUCAUACAUAUACCUCCAUACACUUAACCACGCAUAUUCAUAUAUACAUACACACACAUGCAGCACAUGGCCUCGUCACAUCCAUCAUCAAUGCCAGCAUUUUCAUAAUCAUAAUGAAAUAUUCAAUUUUUUGACUGUGAUCAUUUACGGAUAUAACAAAGCAUAAUAUUGAAUUGUUGAUGCGGUAAAUAAGUACAACAUAAAAGCAAUUUGUUUAUUAUUUAUGUAUAUGUAGGUAUAUGUAGUUGCUAACUAAUUGAAUCAGAAGCGCAUAGAAAUUUUCGCAUUUUGGCAAAAUAAUUUUCAUAUUUCCUUGUACAUAUGUAUGUAUAUGUACAGUUACUGCACGCACACAUUCUUGUAUGAUACACUGCUGCAGCAAUUGUGUUGUUUUUGUUGCUAUUAUUUAUUGUAAAUGCGUAAUAAUUUAUAUUAUUUAACUAUUAUUAAGCAAAUAAUAUGUUAAAUCUAGCAAAUGCAUACACUUACAUACACACAUACAUAUACGUACAUGCAUAUACACUGCACGUCAUCAGGAUAGCGCCCCCCAGGAAUGCUUGGUUGAUACCAAAUAUUUUCUAUAGUAUUUGGGUUAGAGCUACAAAAUUUUUUUCUAACAUACUUGAAACAAUUUUUAACAUAAAUUAGAAAUGGCGGUGCCACUUAUGUUAAUAAAAACUUCAUAAAUUUUAGUGGGGAGAGAACCCUAUAGUUUUUUAAUAAAAUCUAGUGUAAUGGUUGACCAGAUGUGUCUUAUGCCAUCGAUUAGUUCCGUUCAUGCUUGGUACAUUGCUUACCACUCCCAUACACUUUUCUAACCAACCAUCCCCAGACAUUAUCUGUAAUAUUUAGGUCUGGGGAGUAUGGCGGCCACUCCAGAACACCGACAUUUUGGCUUUGUAUCCCUGUUUUUCAGACCGAACAAACUGAAUUAGGCAUUGUUGUGUCUUGAAUAUAAGUCUAGAUUGCCAAAAAUAUAUAAAAAAAACGCGAAAUCCACUUUUUCGAUUUGCAUUCCUAUUUGGCGUUAAAAACUGCAAUACGCGGCUAUCAUAAUAUGAUAUGGUUCCCUACACCGUUACAACUUUGACCCGAGUGUAUUUGCGAUUCUAAUGGGGCCCAUCCAUGGUGCACGUCAUGGAAAUAGAAACCUUUCCAUCUGGGCUUUCAUAAAUAAAUGUAUUCUUAUCCGAAAAUAAGAGAUAAUGCCACGCCUUAGAAGGUUAAACAUGUUCGAACAAUAAUUAGCCGUAUUUCUUUUCGCAAUUUAUUAAGAGGUGGAUUUUUCUUUAGUUCCUGCCUUUUUAUACGUUCAACUUCUUUAGCCACCCUCUUAGUAGUUGACUUGAUCACUUUAAUAUUAUUUUUUCUUCAAAUUUGACGGAAGAGCCGUGAUAAUUUGAAGCUUCCCUGAGUAUAUACAGAGCGCCUGCUUCCGUAAAUCAACGAUUAUUGCCACAUUUGAAGCUCUUUUCAUAAGUUUCUUUAUUUCGAAGAAAAUUGAAAAUUUCUAAAUCAAUUUUAUGCAAAAACGUGACACAUCCAUAAAUCCGUUUCGAUUUUGGAUUUUUCAUCCACAAAUAAAACAAUUCUUCUUCCCAAAUGGCACAACAAAUUGAAAAAACUUUUGUAGCUCUACCGCAAAUACUAUGGAAUAUAUUUGAUAUCAACCAAGCAUGCUAGGGGGGCGCAAUGCUGAUGACGUACAGUGUACAUAUACAUAUAUUUAAGCAUGUGUAGAUGCAAGUGUGUGUCUAUUAUAUAAGAAUUGGCGCUUAAUUGAGCAAUACUAAUGGAAUAAAGGAAAUAAGCAUACAGAAGGCAAAAAACAAAGAGCGCCAACAGCUGAAUGCAAACAAAAAACAAAUUGCUGGCGCUAAAAUAUGAAACAAUAACAACAAACAAUAAAACAUAAAUGACUUGUGAAUGAGAGUAAAUAUUUUAAAUGAUUAGCAAAUACGUGUAAAUGGUAAUAAAUGGCAAAAAAUAAAAUGAAAUAAAUUGUGAGAACGCUUGAAUGCAGAUAGAUUUACGCGCAUACAGUCGAUACGAAUGCUAUGUGGCAGAAGAAAAAUGCUCUAUGCAACAGCUUGUAUGCAUGUAUUACGCGUAGUACCGUUAUGUGUAUAUACAGAUAUAUUUAAAUAUAUAUACAUAUGUAUGUAGAUAAAUGUUAAUGCUUAUUUGUUGUUGUUGAUUUUGUGUACAAUGUUUUAAUAAUAUAUAAUAUUAUGCUAACACGUACACAUAUACUAUUUUAUAUAUGUAUGUGCAUAGAAAAUGUGUAUAAAUUUAAAGUAAAUGCGCGCGAAAAAACACAAGUUAACUGUUUUUAAUAUGCCACCAAAAAAUACACACACACAUAGAAACACUUAUUCAUAGACACAGUUUAAGUUUAAGUUUUUUUUGAUUUGCAUUUUAAUGCUUUGCUGCUAUUAUGAAUGGUUAUACGCCUAACCAUGUACGCCAACCAUUAACGGGCUUAUCGGUAUUUCGUAAUUGUGCAGUGAGAUCAAUAAUCUCUUUAAUCUAUUGUCGAAUUCCCCAAAAACUGCCUUAUCAAACAAUGGUGCCAUAGUCAAAUUACGGGUGGAAUUCUUUAAGGUUAGAACUAUCCACUGUUACAAGAGAUAUUAUGUUUUUUUACAGUCGACAUCUGAGUCAUAAGUCGUGAGUUCUGCCUUUUCUAGGUUGGAUCGCAAAUUUCUAACCAAAAAACUUUUCUCGAAAGCGCUCGUCCAGACGGCAUUUCAUUAGAAUUUCUGUUAUGAAAAUGCACUUACACUUAAACUUCCCUAACUCGAAUCACCAUAAUCCACAAAAAGAAAGUUCGAGUUAGAGAGACUUCCAGUUAUGGAAGGUAAUUUAUUUGACUUCUAAUGCCAAUUCAAGAGUUCGAGUUAUAGAAAUUUAAGUUAGGAAAGUUCAACUGUAAUAGAAAAUACCAAGUCGCUCUCAUCUGAAGCAGAACUGCCGCACAGUUAAGGCCAAAGAUUUCGAUAUCAUCCGUAUACGCCAGCAAUUGUAUACUUUAGAUUUUUUUUAGCUCUGCGGCUUUUAUUUCUUUCGCCAGCAUCAUGUUAAAGAAAUCACACAAUAAAUAGUCGCCCUGUUUCUUUUGAUACAAAACGGGUCGGAGAAGUCCUUCUCAAUCCUAACUGUGCUUCUGGUAUUAUCCAACGGCUUUAAAAUCGGUACAAGAGUGAUGUGUGUCGAUUCCUUUUUCUCGGGUCUUUUAAAAAAUUUGGCGCAUGGUGAAUUCAGUUAGAUAUUUUUCUGGCUCCAAACUUUAAAGAUAUUCCUCCCAUUAUUUUACAAUGUUGUUUACUGCUACAAGUCGGAGGGUUUCUACGAUAUCAGAUUGAAAACAAGGGAUUAUCGAAAUUUUUAAAUUAUUAAGACUUAUUUUUCAAAAAAAUAUUACAAUAUUCCUCGAAUUCGGUACAGAAAUAAAGGCAAACCGGUGCAUGAAUUCUGUCUUUAGAGUUAAACAAAUUAUUUACGAUUGAAGUGAAAUGUUUAGGUAUGUACUAUGAGUACAAAAAGAGAAUUUAUUAUUUGCAUAUUGAUUUCUCAAAAUAGAAUUUUAAACAAUUUUAAAUAGUGGAAUUAUGAAUGAAUAUCAUCGUGCUUGACAAUACAAAUUAUUAUUUUCGUAUUUAUUUAAUAGUGAAUUUUGUUGAAAAUAUUCACAUGUGCUAACCAGAACUACAAUUUCCAGCACAAGAAUACAAAUACAAACAGAAACAAAGUUGGGAAAACUAAAACUAGUGAAAUAAAUAAAAUAAAAUUGAAAUAUUUUUAAUGCAAAUUUCUGCAGUUAUAUUUCAUUCAAAUUACAAUGAAUUUUUAUUUUUGCUUCUAAAAUAUGAAUGAAGUGCAGUUUUAAUUACAUAUGUAUAUCAUAUGUGUAUGUAUGAUAUUGUAAUCAUAUUUCUGUGAUUUUUUAAUAUUUUUUUCUGUUAUUUUUGCUUCUCCAUAUUUCAUUUCAUUGUCCACACAUAUGUACGAAGAAAUAUCCUUACAUACACGCAUGCUCAUAUACAAGUACACAUUUGCUUAUGCGUAGCUACAUACAUGUUGGCCACCAUUCGCUUGAGUGCACGAGCUCAUAUCAGCUCAAUUAUUAG